UUUACGAAACCCGAUUUUACGAAUUUCUCGAUUUAACGAACAAAUUCAGAUUCCCCCCGCAGUUGCCCAUAGGCUUAAUGCGUUUACGAACUCGAAAUAACGAAACAAACUUCGCCGCCAAACCCGAUUUAACGAAGCAUUCCGGGAAAAAAGAUGCGUAGAAAAAGAGGUUUUUCCAAAUUUAUGGCGUCUAGAAUGUAUGGCAGUGUGCUGCCGGCGUAGGAACGGUACAAUCGACGCAGCGGAUACAUUCUCGUUUUGGUUCUUACGAAACUACAAACCGAAACCGCACAGAACGACAGACUUCGCAUUUCUUUCGAGGCUUUCGAUCAGUUCCACCAGAUGGCGAAAGCGGCAGCUGGUGCUUGAUCUCGCAUGCGACAGAUGGCAGCACUGACGCUCUUUAGCUCAGCUCCCUCCGCACCUCCGCUUGCCACUCUGGCCACUCUCGCCACUACCGGUUUCCACACCCCAAUCGCCUGUGUCCUUCAGCUUUUCGCGCACUUUAGUUUUCUUUCUUCUGCUUUGCUCUGCGCAUUCUGUGUCGUCGAAGGAUGGAGCCUCCUAAGAAGAAAAGGAAAGUACUGACCCUUGAAGAAAAGGCGAACAUAAUCCGUGCUGUCGCGAGUGGACGGAAAAAAUGUGACGUGGCCGCGGAACACGGCAUCCCGGCGAGCACGCUUUCGACCAUCUUGAAGACGAAGGACGCCAUCAUCCUUGCGACUUCCUCUGGGAACGGAUCCAAGAAAAAAAACCUGAAGACGACCCCGCACGAGAAGCUGGAAGAAGCCCUCUUCAUGUGGUUUAACGACAUGCGAGCCAGAAACGUUCCACUCAGCGGGGAAGUGGUGCAGCAGAAAGCGCUCAAUUACGCGUGUUUGCUCGGCUUUGACGAGUUCAAGGCAAGUCCCGGCUGGCUCUCGCGCUUCAAAGAGCGCUACGGGAUUGUUGGCAAAGUGUCGAGCGGGGAGUCAUCCAGCGUGAACAAGCAAGGAGCCGACGAGUGGUUGUCGGAGAACGUGCCGGAGAUCCUGGGGAGGUACGCCGUUCAAGACGUCUACAACGCGGACGAGAGCGGUCUGUUUUAUCAGAUGCUGCCGGGCAAGACGCUCGCUCGGAAAGGGGAGCCUUGCCACGGCGGCAAGCAGAGUAAACAGCGACUAACACUGUUGCUGUGCGUCAACAUGGAUGGCAGCGAUAAGCGUGAUCCGCUCAUCAUUGGAAAGGCCCAGAAUCCUCGGUGCUUCAAAGGAGCUAGAAAGCUAUCGGCGGAGUACGUGUGGAAUACCAAAGCCUGGAUGAGCCGCGCGAUCUUCUCAGAGUGGCUAAAACGCUUCGACGACGACAUGGGCCGCCAAAAGAGGAAUGUGUGUCUGCUGCUGGACAAUUGCACGGCGCACCACAUCCCGGAGCUUCACCUGAAGAAUGUGGAGUUGCGGUUCUUUCCCCCCAAUGCGACAUCCGUCAUUCAGCCCCUAGAUCAGGGGAUCAUCAACAGUGUGAAAUGCGCAUAUAAGCGCAGGGUCAACGAGAAGCUCCUGCUGAACUUGGAGAUCAAACGUGAGACCAAGAUCGACGUGUACAUGGCGAUCGAGAUGGUGGCAGCAUCGUGGAGAGCAACCCGGUCCUCGAUCGUUGUUAACUGUUUCCGGCAUGCUGGCUUCCACACUUCUACUUCCGAGGCUGCGUCGGGCUCCACAAGCCCGCAACACGAGCAGGAAGAAGCAUCGCCCAGUUGUUGGGAAGAGCUUCGUCGGCGUGACCAGGUGGCCGCAGAUCAGGACUUCGACGACUUCGUGAACGCCAACGCAGACGCGAACACUGAUACCACAGAAGUUCUCGACGACGAGGAGAUAGUGCAGCUUGUUUCCGGCGCACAAGAAAAGUCUGAAGAAGCGAAAGGUCCGGAUGCUAUCGAAGCUCCCGUGCCCACACCAAGCCAGGUGAUGGACGCCGUCGACCUUCUGAGGCGGUUUGCUGGGGCGCACGAGGGUGCCGAGGACGCUUUGACCUCACUUGCCAGCUACGAAAAGUGUGUGCGUCCGCUGCUCACGAAGCGCGCGCAGGCGAAAAUUACGAGCUUUUUUCACUAAGCAAUAAAUGUGUCGUUCUCUCGAGAGCUGCGAGCUUUUUCUCUUCUUUUUUCUACACGCGCACGCAGUUGUUUACUUGCUCAUUCGCGGA